UUUAAUUGAGUACCUAGUUGGUCGAGUCCAAUCCAACAUUUUAUAUGUGAAUUCUGCGAUUGUGUCAAUGGAAUACGAGUGUCUCGUAAAUGUAAAUAACAAAAUAAAUCGGCCGUUACAUCAAUAAACAGAAUAUAGAAUUAGUGGAAUAAUUGCUAGAAUUGUAAACUAAUUAAGUGUAGUGAGAGCUAACAGGGCCGACCGCUUUUGCUUUCUCUAUUUAGUAUAAAUUGGAAUUCGUUAAAGUGUUGUGGAAUGGAAAGAAGUAUGUAUAACAGCAAAUAAAUCCUGUAUCACCGUCAUAAAUAAUCACGAUAAGGUUAAACGCUCUCAAAAAGAAAGAGUAACAGGUUUUUCAAAAUGCCAGGUUUAGAGCCUUCACUUAGUGAUGAGGACUAUAUUAUUGCCAGAGCAAAACAGCAAUCUAAUAUAUAUUCUGCAAAAGCUUGGAUGCUGACAGCCAAGUCGUUAUUUCCUACCAAUUUUAAGAUACAAUUUGAAGCAUACUUGAUGGAAAAACAGUCUGGCAAUGUUCAAGAAGCUGCUGAAUGUUUCAGCUCACUAAUAAUGUCUCGACAAAACCUUACCGAUUUAUUACCAGAAAUAUAUGCUAUUGCUAAUUCAUUAAAAUCUGCUGAAGUCAACUUUUUAAGUCAGAUGUUUGACAAAAUUUGUCCAGAAAUACAAUUAACUAUACUUAAAACAAGUGUAGAAAACAGUGAUGACACUAUGGAGCAUUGCCGAUUACUAGUUUUGCUUUUAAAAAAAUUUCCACAGUUGGGAGUAGAUGGUCUUGUAAAAACUUUGAUAAGUGCUGAAAAGUUUUUCUAUGAUAACAGAUAUGCUCGUCUGUUAGUGGUUGAAACUUUGCCUCUAUUAAGCUCCUUAGAAUCACCCAGGCUCCUUCAGCGUUUAUUGAUAAAAGCAAUUGAUUUUUAUAACUCUUAUGUUUAUGAUGAUACUGAACAUGACAUAACUGACCCAUGGCAAAGACUUUAUGGAGUUUUAGAUUUAUUAGGAAGGCAACUUGGAUGGGACCCAUUCUUAAUAAACUACAAUAAUAGUUUAAAUAAGGAAACGUAUUUCCAGAAGUUGGUUUCUUUGAGAAACUGUGAUGAUUGUCGUCAGUUGUUGUACUGUGGUAUUUCAUUUUUCUUGAGAUGUCUUUAUGAGCACCGUUCAUUGAAAGGAAAUCAUAUUCUUGUUGAGGCUUUAACAGAUCCUGAUGCACCACUUUCAAAGAGGAAGAAAGGGGACCAGGAAGUGACAGGAACAUCAGCACAUCAAUUUCAAGCUGCUGCAAAUUGUUGGGAACUGUUACACAGUGAUGAUAUUAUUGCAAGAGAGUUUACAAAAUUAGCAAAUCAACUUCAGGUCAAGCCUUGGUCUGAAGGUUUUGUAGAUGAAUUGGCUUUGUAUAGGGGCCAGUAUGAAGAAGCUAUGCCUCCUCCUACAUCAAAUAAUUUAACUUCCUGUAUAAUGAGAGUAUCUAUCAACUAUUUCCAGAAGAAAUAUCUACCAUGUAUUGAAAAUAUCUUAGCAGCACUGCCUCAACUACCUACUGUGGAAGGUGCACUAGAAUUGGAAUUGAUUGUGGGUGGAAAACAUCGUCAUUUGCAUUUUCUUCCACUUACAAAAGUUGCUGUGAUGCAUUAUUUUUGUACAUUACUUAUAAGAAUUUUAUUGGGUACUGGAAAUACUUCAGACUUAAUAUAUGGUCACAUAUUGGUAUUGACUCAACUAGGUUGGCCACAGGAGGAACCAAUUUUUAUUCAAAUAAUGGAAUUGAUUCGACAAAAGGGAGUGUUCCACUAUCAUUUAUUCUCGGCAUAUAUCAUUCACAUAGAUAUAUUAGAAGAACUUACUUAUAUUUGGAAUGAACAAGGCAGCAAUGUUGUUUUAGAUAUAUUACCUAACUCCCAGCAACAUUUAGGUCAGAGGAGAAUUGGUACACGUGGAGCGGAUAAGGGAGUAAAGGAGGAUUUCAAGCAGGCCAUGAAAGCUCAAGUUUUAAGAAGCAAUGAAUCCAUUCUUAAUUUAAUGAUACAGUUUAUUACAUCUGAACGCUCUUAUUUUCUAAGUACCAAGUGAAUAACAUUUCCUAAAUAUAAUUGAUUAGUACUUAUUAUGUAUGAUGGUAUGAAAAAGAAUAAGAAAUAAAGGAGUUACAUACACAAUA